CUCACGGCACACUUUGCAUCCGCUCCCAUUAGUCCCGAUUUAUUUAUUUAUUAAGAUUUAAUCUCGUACCUUCUUCAAUUCUUAUCGUCUCCAGAUCAGAUGACACCAUCCGACAACGACAUUGCCAAUUCGGUAUGUAAAGACUGAUCUCCUCUUUUACUUCGCUUUAUAUUUCCCCCUCCCCCAGUAAUUCCCCGCACCGUGGUCAUGGCUUUCGCAACCCUUCGUCACUCGAUCCCUUCACCAACCCGUCUGCUUCGUCCGACCAUGUCGGCUCCUUCCCAAGGGCGACUCCAUUCCCAAUGCCGCCAAAUUUCCUUCUCCUCAUAUCUGGUCUCUCCCAAGGAGCUUCAGGAGGCCCUCAAGAAGAACCCAUCCACCAAAAUCUCGACUGCACCGCGCGUCAUUCCCCUAUGCGCGGCAUGGUUUAUGCCCAAUGACCCGGAGGGCCGUAAAGGGAUUGAUAUUUUCCGGAAACAUCGCAUACCUCAGGCUCGGUUCUUUGACUUGGAUAAGAUCAAAGAUGCGGAUUCUCCUUACCCCCACAUGCUUCCCACUGCUGAGACGUUCGCCGAUGCGAUGGGCGAGCUUGGCAUCAGGCGUGAUGACGAGGUGGUAGUUUACGACACCGAAGAGCUCGGAAUCUUCAGCGCCCCUCGUGUCGGCUGGACUCUCAGAGUAUUUGGACACCCUCGAGUUCAUAUUCUGAACAAUUACCGAUUGUGGGUGCGCGAAGGAUACCCGACGGAGACCGGAGAGCCCCAGCAGGUGGAGCGGACCAGCUACCCGGUCCCAAAUUACGAUUCUAAGUUGGUUAUCCCUUACCUGGAGCUGAAGGAGAUCGCCAAGGAGCAUAGGAAAGAAGGUGCCAAAGAAGUUGAGAUUCUGGAUGCCCGAUCCUACGGGCGCUGGGCGGGCACGGAUCCCGAACCGCGCCCGGGACUGUCCUCAGGACAUAUCCCUGGUUCCAAGAGUUUCCCUUUCCAAAAUUUACUGGAUCCUGAGACGAAGACGUAUCUCCCGAAGUCUGAACUACGGAAAAUCUUCGAAGAACAGGAAAUUGACGACUCUAAAUCGAUCAUCAGCACCUGCGGUACAGGUGUGACGGCUACCAUUAUCGAGACUGCCUUGGGCGAAGCAGAGUACGGAGAUGCUAACCUUCGGAGGGUAUACGAUGGCAGCUGGACGGAAUGGGCGCAGCGUGUCAAACCCGCUGAUGGCCUGAUCAAGAAAGUGAAAUAGGACGGGGUCAUGAGGUACUAUGCGAAUUUCCCAUCGAGAUGGCUCUUGAUGCUUGUAUGACAUAGCGUUCGUUCUUUGCUUCUCCGGAGGACUUUUGUGUUACAUUUCAAUUGUCCUAUAGAUUGUAACACUGGUGAAUAUCCUAUAGAAUUGUUAUCCUUAGAGUAGGAUUAUGAAAUUGAACGGAAAAUCUCUUCUCAUCCUCUGGAUCUGUUUCCUCUAUGAGAUUGGCUCGAACCAUUGAUGUAGAAACGUGUUGAACCUCGCCUCGUAGAUUUAGAAUGAUGACUGUUCCGCUUAGUCAGUCGGGCAGGUUACUCCCACGGCAUCACAGUUGAUCCGCUGCCUCUUCAAUACGUUCAUUCUUCCUUUAU